UUGAAAACAAACGCAUAGAUACAGAAUAAAAAAGUCUUUUUAUUCUUUAUCUAUGAACAAACGUAAUCGAACAAAGGAGAACGAAAAUGCAGGAUGUGAAUGGUCAUUCUGUUGAGAAUUUGAGAUCCUUUGUGUUGAUUAACAACUGAUCUCGUUGAAGAUGGCGGCAACUAACUAUGACACGAUCAUCUCCUAUGCUAAUGCCUACGACACCAUACCCAUGUUUCCUGUCUUUGAGGUAUCCCACUACAUUCUUAUGAUUCUGGCAGUGAGACAGGACUUCCAAGAAGGCACUAAGCAUCUAGCCCAGACCAACCCCCUGGUGUGCUGGUUCUGCAGCAUGCUAAGCAGCUUUGCUGGAGGAAUCUUGGCUAAUUUCCUGCUAGGCCAGCCAAUUUUAGCAGCAUUCAGCAAUCAUAUCAAUAUUGGAAUAGCAACAAUUGUCUGGUAUCUGAUCUUCUACUGCCCUGGGGAUGUCUUCUUCAACCUUGUAUCCUCAUUCCCUGCCCAGCUUCUCUUUAUCCCAUUCAAAGAGGUGAUUAGGAUGCGUAAGAUUGCUGGUGGAGUGGCACAGGCAGCAGCCAUCUACCCCAGUGGGUUCUUAGUUAUGCUGAUCAUUGGUACUGUCAAAGGUACUGGCAGUAUGCAAAUGAGGAACAUUGAACGGUUGCUGCGGGGUACCAGUGGUCCCUCCUCCAAUCAGCUUACAACUCCAUCAUUCACAAUGAAAGGCUCCAUCUUGAUCAGCCUAUUGAUUGUACUUCAGCGCUACAUGAUGCUCCCUGUUCCUCUCUCUCUGUUACUGCUUUGUUGCAUGCUAACCAUGGCAACAGUAAAGGUAUUCGUGCUGUAUGGCUCCAGGGAUCCCUUUGAGCCACUAGAGGGCAUGCUUCGACCAGUUCUCUUUGGUAAGCGACCCAAAGACACGACCGGUAGGAAAAUCAAAGAUACAAAAGAUGGCAAGGACAAAAAGGAGUGAAUCAAGUACCAUAUGCGGCCUGAAAAGAAUGUACAAUGUAGUAUUCAAGAAUGGAUUAGAGUCUGGAAUUAUUGAAGACUGGCUGUGCUUGAAAAAAAAAAACAGCACAAAAUAUAAAUCAGGAACAAUUGGGCUUUAUUAAAUGGCUCUGCUUACUGUAACCUACGAAUUUAAGCUGUGAAAGAAAUUUCGGUGCUAAUAGUGAGCAUAUUCUGCAGGGCAGCAAGAGAUUGGGUUGGUAUUCAUGUGUACAUCCCACAAAUGAUUUUGUGCUUAAUGGGUUAGUGCAGGAUGUCUAUACUGGCACCGGCAGCAUAGACUUGUGAUCAUAUCUGCAGCAUGUUUCAAUUAGCAGAGCAAUGAAAUUGGUUUGUAAGAUGUUAAUGUCAAUAAGCUUCAAGGAAGGAAUCAACCUCUAGAUCUGUAAUUAGUACAAGAACUGACCCGUGAUAUAUUGCACACUUGUCUUUGUGAAAGAGAGCAUUGGGAGUUAGAAUGUCAGGCAUUUUGAACAGGUGUUUGUUGCACAAACUAUACUUAAGAAUGUCAUUCUCAUUUUCUGGUUUCUAUAAUGAAACGUUACUAUGGAGGGAAUGUAAUAAGUUUGGGGAACUUCUCAGGAAGUUAACUCAACUUGUUGGUGUACCAGGUUAUCAGAUGUAAACUUAAUUAUAAAGCUUGCUAUGCACAAUUCUUUUAAUUUU